AUGGAUAAUUCUAAACAAGGCGUCAUCUACUUUAGUAUGGGAAGUAAUUUGAAAAGUUCAGAAUUGCCACAGGAGAAAGAGAUGCAAUUUUAAUACAUUUCAAAACUAAAAGAAACAGUGUUGUGGAAGUGGGAGGAUGACAAAUUACCAAAUCAACCAAAAAAUGUUGUAAUUCGAAGUUGGAUGCCACAACAAGCUAUCCUCAAUCAUAAAAAUGUGAAAGUUUUUAUAACACAUGGAGGAUUACUAAGUUCGAUGAAUCGAUUAUUUGGAGUUCCUUUGGUUGGAAUUCCAAUUUUUGAUCUGGCUACGCGCGUUCAAAUAGAUUUAGAUGAUAUCAAUGAAGAAACAUUAUCAGAACUUUUAAAUAAGGUUUUGAAAAAUCCCAGCUAUCGAUCGCGGUCACAAUAUCUCUCAAAAAUAUUCCGAGAUGAGCCUCAGCCUCCAUUGGAAAAAGCCGUGAAUAGUAUAGAAUACGUCUUAAGGCAUAAAGGAGCACACUUCCUGCGUUCACUGCUGCAGGCAUGCCUGUCUAUCAACCCUGUUGCUGAUGUUGACAUGCAGCAGGAUUUCUAA